UUAGCCAUCGUGUAUUGGUUAUCAGUGCUUCGGAUAAGUUGUCAAACGUGAAAUGAAUUUCCUAUCGAAUAUUGUAUGACAGUUUAAGUAAUAAAGUUGUCCAUUGUUUAGAACAAAAUGGGUAUCUUCUUCGCAAAGAAAAAGCCACCGAGUCGUGUCACCGAACAGGACAAAGCUGUUCUACAAUUAAAACAAACUAGGGAUAAAAUCAAGCAAUAUCAACGAAGAAUCGAGAAAAAUCUCGAGAAAGAACGUUUAUUGGCAAAGAAACUUCUAGAAAAGAAACAAAAAGAACGAGCUUUACUUCUUUUACGAAAAAAGAAGUUCCAAGAACAAAUAUUAUCAAAGACUGAUGGACAACUAGAGAACCUUGAACGUAUGGUGCACGAUAUAGAAUUUGCUCAAAUAGAUUUAAAGGUUGUCGAAGGCCUAAAAGUGGGCAAUGCUGCAUUAAAGAAACUAAAUGAUUUGUUAUCCAUUGAUGAAAUUGAAAAAGUUAUGGAUGAGACCAGAGAGGGCAUUGAAAAAGUAAACGAAAUCAAUGAAAUUUUAUCAGGAGAACUUACGCAAGAAGAUGAGAAUGAAGUCGAAGCAGAGCUUGAUGCUUUGUUAGCGACAGAAAUUGAAGAAAAAGUACCAGAAGUACCAAUGGAUAUAACAUUGCCAGAAGUACCAGAAGAAUUACCAGAAAAGAAAAAGGAACGUACAAAAGAAAAGCAACAAGAAGCUGUUGCUUUGGAAGCAUAAAAGGGUGAUACGUAUAACGUACACUAGCAUGGAGAUUUUUAUCCUAUUGGCACUUGGCGCUGGGGUCUCUGUAUAUAUGUACAGGACAUUGUAUGAAAGACUCGGUGUGCAUACUUUUUGUUUGGGAAGUGUAAUUAGAAGAAUGGAACUUACGAUUUAUUAACGCGGUGUUUUUUAAGUACUAAAGACUGUUCUUAUUAUUCUUAUAAAGUGCGUAUAGAUGAUUUGAAUACCGUAAGCGAAGGUUACAAUGCAGUGGAUACGUGAUCUAGGCAAAUGUACAUUGCUCUUUCAUAAUAAUACAGAUCAUAUCUGUUUUACAAUGAUAACUAUAUUUGUACUGCCUUAUAUGUACAAAUACCUUUUUACCUUAUUAUUGGCCUCUCUUAUAUAUAGUUAUACAAAAAGUUCAAAUGA